AUGGUGGAGACCAGGGACCUAGUGCAGCUGCGGCAGCUCAACCUGGAGCUCCUGAGGCAACUGUGGGUCGGGCAGGAUGCCGUGCGGCGGUCCGUGGCCAAGGCAGCCUCAGAGUCAAGCCUGGGCUCAAGCAGCAGCCAUGACUCAGAGAUGCCAUCGUCCCAAGAGAUGUCCUCAGUUUCCUCGAGAGCCUCCUGCCCACAAGAUGCCCGCCCUGGUGACCCCUGUGAUAGGUACUGGCCUGGCGAAGCCAGCUCUGGGAUGAAUACUCUCCCACCUGCCAAAUGCCUACACCAGGAGUCCCUGGGCCCUCCAAGGCCCCAUUCAGCUCCCUUACUGGCCAUCUCAGACUCAAGUGACUCAGAGCUUUCAGCAGAGCUGGACAGUCCAGGAACCCAGGAGACCCAGGCCCUGAGGUCCAUCUUGGCUCAACAGGGCAAGUUGUCUAAGCCAAGAGUGACCAACAAGGAGUCUCCAGUGCCUGAGAAGAGCUGGCGCCUGAGACCCUACCUGGGCUAUGACUGGAUUGCAGGGUCCCUGGACAACACCUUUCCUGUCACCAGCAAGCCUGAGGCCUUCUUCUCGAAGCUGCAGAAGUUCCGGGAAGCCAACAAGGAGGAGUGUAUUUGCAGUGACCCUGAACCCCGGUUCCUAGGCCUGCAGGAAGGUGAUGCUGUGGAGGGGAACCACGAAUGUGUGUACUGUUACCGUGUCAACCGGCGCCUGUUUCUGGUACCUGCGGACCCUGGCACCCCCUGCCGCCUCUGCAGGAAGCCACGGGACCAGCGGGGUGCAGGGACCCUGGCGGAGCCAGUGCAGGUCAGGGUGAGCCUCCCACUGUCCGUCCUGGAUCCCCCGCACCGGCACCGCAUCCACCGGCGGAAGAGCUUUGAUGCCUCUGAUACGCUGGCGCUGCCACGGCACUGCCUGCUGGGCUGGGACAUUAUCCCUCCGAAGUCAGAGGAAAGCUCAGCCCCCAAGAGCCUGGACCUCUGGUCCAGUGUCUCCCCUGAGGCGCACCAUCAGAAGCUAUCAGCCACCGGCUCUCCUAACCUGGCUGUGCCAAUGCGGGUUCCACUCCCCACCCCGAUCUGGUCAGAGCCCUCCUCCGUGCCUCGGCCCCGCUCACCCCGGCCGAAGCCCUGA